AUGGAGCUCUCGAGACAGCAAACAUCGCAAUAUCAUUUGAUGCAGACCAAACAUGAGAGCUCAGGGCCAGCAGCAUACAAUCAUUUGCCCACCGCCGCUCUGAAUGUCCGUCGGUACCAUCAGCAGCAACAUUGCCUGUGGUUGCAAUCGCAAGUACAGAACGCUACAUUGAACAUACAAACUUACACACAAUUAUACCCGGUUAUUCCAAAUCCGUCUGAGAACCCUUUAAUGGACCAAGGGAUUCGUAAAGUGGCAUUUCACCAACAACAACAAAUGAGCCAACGUUGUGGCCCACGUAUGGCACAACGAGCAGCCAUGCGUUUUGAAUCAAUCAAAGUGGCCGGACCAAAUGGAAAAAUACCAAAGAAGCAGUACAUUUGCCGCUUUUGCUGUCGCCCAUUCCCCAAAAACUACAAUUUACAAAUCCAUGAGCGUACGCACACCAACGAACGUCCAUUCCCGUGCAAUAUUUGUGGCAAAGCCUUCCGCCGGCAGGAUCAUUUGCGCGACCAUAAAUACAUCCACUCAAAGGACAAGUCAUUCAAGUGUAACGAUUGCGGUAAAGGUUUCUGCCAAUCACGAACGCUGGCCGUUCACUGGGCUACACAUGCCGAAGACAAUGCUUUCAAAUGCUCGGUGUGCGAGCAAACAUUCACACAACGCACUGAACUCAAGACACACAUGCAAUGCCACACGUCAGCCACCAUCGAAGCUGCAUUAAAAUCAAUGCCAAGCGCUAAAAUCCCAUCAUCAACACCAUCAACUCUAGUUAACGAUCCACCACAUGAAAUCACCAUCGACUCACCAUUGACCAGCAACCUAAAACCAAAGAGAGGAUUUACAAUAGACGAAAUCAUGCAAUGUUAA